CAUUAAUUCAGACCAAAUCCCAGCGAGGUGGAAGAGACGAGGGAAGCACGAAAAGAGAAAAUAAACUUAGAAAAAAAGAAAUAAUCAAACAAUAAUACUCAAAAAUAUUUUUUUCCAGAAACGCGUUUAGAUUUGCAGCCUCCUCCUCCUCCUCCUCCUGCUCCUUCUUCGUCUUUUGCUCGUCUUCUCCACCAAAUCUGAGUGUCUUCUUCAAGUUCUUUGCUCCGGAGGUGUUCUUAUUUUCGUAGAUUUCAGACGUUUACUGCUCAUUUGAUUCAAUCUAGAUCCAGAUUCUGUAUCUGAAGACUCUUAUCUACGAAACGAAAUGGCUGGUAACUUCAAUCCUUCAGUUGGGUCGUGUGUGUGGGUGGAGGACCCUGAUGAAGCCUGGAUUGAUGGUGAAGUUGUAGAGGUUAAUGGCCAAGAGAUCAAAGUGCUUUGCACUUCAGGGAAACAUGUUGUUACAAAAGUCUCUAAUGUUUAUCCGAAAGAUACGGAAGCGCCAGCAUCUGGAGUGGACGAUAUGACAAGACUUGCUUAUUUGCAUGAACCCGGAGUUCUACAGAAUCUGCAUUCAAGAUAUGAUAUAAAUGAGAUUUAUACUUAUACAGGAAGCAUACUGAUUGCUGUUAAUCCGUUUAGAAGACUCCCCCAUCUUUACAGUAGCCAUAUGAUGGCACAGUAUAAAGGAGCUGCUUUAGGGGAGCUGAGUCCACAUCCAUUCGCCGUCGCAGAUGCUGCAUAUAGACAGAUGAUUAAUGAUGGAGUCAGUCAGUCUAUUCUGGUUAGUGGAGAAAGUGGUGCUGGUAAAACUGAAAGCACCAAGUUGCUAAUGAGAUAUCUUGCUUAUAUGGGAGGGAGAGCUGCUGCUGAGGGUAGGAGUGUUGAACAGAAAGUGUUGGAGUCCAAUCCUGUGCUAGAAGCUUUCGGAAAUGCAAAGACUGUCAGGAACAACAAUUCGAGUCGUUUUGGUAAGUUCGUGGAGAUUCAGUUUGACGAAAAGGGAAGGAUAUCAGGAGCUGCCAUAAGAACUUAUUUGUUGGAAAGAUCACGUGUUUGUCAGCUCUCUGAUCCUGAAAGAAACUAUCACUGUUUCUACAUGCUUUGUGCUGCUCCAAAAGAAGAUGUGCAGAGAUACAAGCUUGGCGAACCAAAGACAUAUCACUAUCUCAAUCAGUCUAAAUGCCUAGAGGUGGAUAGUAUAAAUGAUGCGGAGGAAUACCAUGCCACUAAACGGGCUAUGGAAGUGGUUGGGAUCAGUACUGAGGAGCAGGAUGCGAUUUUCAGCGUUGUGGCUGCCAUUCUCCAUCUCGGGAAUAUCGAGUUUGCUAAGGGAGCAGAGAUUGAUUCAUCGAUUCCCAAAGAUGAAAAAUCAUUGUUUCACCUAAAAACUGCAGCUGAGCUUCUCAGCUGCGAUGAAAAGUUACUUGAGGAUUCACUAUGCAAGCGUAUCAUGGUAACUCGUGAUGAAACCAUCACAAAAACGCUUGAUCCAGAAGCUGCUACUCUUAGUAGAGAUGCUUUGGCUAAAGUCAUGUACUCGCGGUUGUUUGACUGGCUUGUUGACAAGAUUAAUACCUCAAUUGGUCAAGAUCCUCACUCGAAGUACUUGAUUGGUGUUCUCGAUAUUUAUGGAUUCGAGAGUUUCAAGACAAACAGUUUUGAGCAAUUUUGCAUCAAUCUGACCAAUGAAAAACUUCAGCAGCAUUUUAAUCAGCAUGUCUUUAAGAUGGAGCAAGAAGAAUAUAAGAAGGAGGAAAUCAACUGGAGCUAUAUAGAGUUCGUAGACAAUCAAGAUAUCUUAGACCUAAUAGAAAAGAAACCUGGAGGUAUUAUUGCUCUGCUAGAUGAAGCUUGCAUGUUUCCGAGGUCAACGCAUGAAACUUUUGCACAGAAACUAUAUCAGACCUUCAAAAACCACAAGCGCUUUGCCAAACCAAAAUUGGCUCGUAGUGACUUCACAAUUUGUCAUUACGCUGGUGAUGUCACUUAUCAGACGGAUCUUUUUCUGGACAAGAACAAAGAUUACGUUAUUGCUGAGCAUCAAGCGUUGUUAAAUUCUUCUAGUUGUUCCUUUGUAGCAAGUUUGUUCCCACCAAUGACUGACGAUUCCAACAAAUCAAAGUUCUCAUCUAUAGGUACCCGUUUCAAGCAACAAUUGGUAUCGUUGCUCGAGAUUCUCAAUACCACGGAGCCACACUAUAUUCGCUGUAUCAAACCAAAUAACCUUCUGAAGCCCGGAAUCUUUGAGAACGAAAACAUUUUACAGCAAUUACGUUGUGGGGGAGUGAUGGAGGCUAUCAGGAUUAGUUGUGCUGGCUAUCCUACCAGGAAACAUUUCGAUGAAUUCUUGGACAGAUUUGGUAUUCUUGCUCCAGAAGUGUUGGUCAAGAACUCUGAUGACCCUGAUGCCUGCAAGAAGCUUCUGGCGAAAGUGGGACUUGAAGGUUAUCAGAUUGGCAAGACAAAGGUGUUUCUGAGAGCUGGACAAAUGGCAGACUUGGAUACCCGAAGGACUGAGGUCUUGGGAAGAUCAGCAAGCAUUAUCCAGAGAAAAGUUCGGUCGUAUCUUGCUAAAAAAAGUUUCAUCCUUCUGCGUAAUGCUGCUAAGCAAAUUCAAUCAGUUUGCAGAGGUUAUCUUGCUAGAAGUGUAUAUGAAGGCAUGCGCAGGGAAGCUGCUGCUUUAAGAAUCCAGAGAGACUUGCGUAUGUUUCUGGCUAGGAAGGCUUACUCAGAGCUAUUUUCUGCUGCUGUGUCGGUCCAAGCUGGUAUGCGUGGUAUGGUUGCCCGUAACGAACUGUGUUUCAGAAGGCAGACCAAAGCAGCAACAAUAAUUCAGACUUGGUGCCGUGGAUACUUGGCCCGUCUACAUUACAGAAAACUAAAGAAAGCAACAAUCACGACACAAUGUGCAUGGAGAUCAAAAAUUGCUCGUGGAGAACUUCGGAAGCUUAAGAUGGCUGCUCGAGAAACUGGAGCACUUCAAGAAGCCAAGAACAAGCUAGAGAAGCAAGUUGAAGAGCUGACAUGGAGAUUGCAGUUGGAAAAACGGAUGAGGACUGACCUGGAAGAGGCCAAGAAACAAGAAAGUGCAAAAGCGCAGUCUUCUUUGGAGGAAUUGGAACUUAGGUGCAAAGAAACUGAGGCAUUGCUUAUUAAAGAGCGUGAAGCUGCCAAGAAAGUUUCAGAGAUUGCCCCUAUUAUUAAAGAGGUUCCAGUGGUUGAUAAUGAACUAAUGGAGAAGAUUACUAAUGAAAAUGAAAAGCUGAAGGAGAUGGUGAGUUCACUGGAAAUGAAAAUUGACGAGACAGAAAAGAAACUUCAAGAGACAACCAAGAUUAGCCAGGAUAGACUGAAGCAAGCAUUGGAGGCUGAAUCUAAACUAGUGAAGUUGACGACUGCAAUGCAAAAGCUUGAAGAGAAAAUCUUAGACAUGGAAGCUGAGAAAAAAGUUAUGCGUCAGCAAACAAUAGCAAGCACUCCUGUGAGGACUGCUCUUGGACAUCCUCCAACUGCACCUAUUAAGAAUUUGGAAAACGGCCACCAUACAAACUUGGAAAGCGAGUUCAAUGAAACCGAGUUUACAACACCAAUUGAUGGCAGUGCUGGGAAAUCUGCUGCAGAACGUCAAAUUAUGGAUGUCGAUUCUCUCAUUGACUGUGUAAAAGACAACAUUGGUUUCAGUGAUAAUGGGAAACCUGUGGCCGCCUUUACGAUAUACAAGUGUCUUCUUCACUGGAAGUGUUUCGAAUCUGAGAAGACCAAUGUGUUUGAUCGUCUGAUUCAGAUGAUUGGUUCCGCCAUUGAGAACGAAGAUGACAAUAGUCACUUGGCGUAUUGGUUGACAAGUACAUCAGCGCUAUUAUUUUUGCUUGAAAAAAGUCUUAAAACCGGUGGCAGUGGAGCAACACAAAGCAAGAAGCCAGCUGCUUCAACUUCUUUGUUUGGAAGGAUGGCCAUGAGCUUCCGCUCGUCACCCGCUUCAGGCAACCUAGCUGCUGCAGCUGAAGCCGCUGCUAACGCUGUGAUCCGUCCGGUGGAGGCGAAGUACCCGGCUCUGCUUUUUAAGCAACAGCUUGCAGCUUAUGUUGAGAAAAUGUUUGGGAUGGUUAGAGAUAACUUGAAGAAAGAGUUGUCGACUUUACUUUCUUUAUGCAUUCAGGCACCAAGAAGUUCUAAAGGAGGGAUGUUGAGAUCUGGUAGAUCAUUUGGAAAAGAUUCUCCGGCAGUUCACUGGCAAAGCAUUAUCGACGGUCUCAAUUCGCUUCUUGUCACAUUAAAAGAAAAUCAUGUUCCUUUAGUACUCAUCCAGAAGAUAUACUCUCAAACUUUCUCUUUCAUCAACGUACAACUUUUCAACAGCCUUCUUCUGCGUAAAGAGUGCUGUACAUUCAGCAAUGGAGAAUUUGUAAAAUCCGGGCUUGCCGAGCUAGAGCUGUGGUGUUGCCAAGCCAAAGAAUAUGCUGGACCGUCUUGGGAAGAACUUAAACAAAUCAGACAAGCCGUUGGAUUCCUGGUUAUACACCAGAAGUACAGAAUCUCAUACGAUGAAAUAGCACACGAUCUUUGCCCGGGCCUCAGUGUCCAGCAGCUUUACCGUAUUUGCACAUUAUACUGGGACGAUAGCUAUAACACCCGAAGCGUCUCUCAAGAAGUUAUAUCGAGUAUGCGGGCACUCAUGACAGAGGAAUCCAAUGAUGCAGACAGUGAUUCCUUCUUAUUGGAUGAUGAUUCCAGCAUUCCAUUCUCAAUCGAAGAUAUUUCAAGUUCGAUGCAAGAGAAGGACUUUGUAGGAAUCAAACCAGCAGAAGAGCUUCUUGAGAUCCGGCUUUUGUAUUCUUGCACUAAGACGCUCAUGAAAGUUGAGAAGCUCAGAUACUAAAACCUUCUUGUCCUCUGUGGUUUUUGUUUUAGUCAUGUGAGGUGGAGCGAAGGGGGCCUCCCUGAACCAAGACGGAAAGAUAGGUAAAAGUGUAAAUUUCUUUGUUGUGGGGUUGUUUUGAACGUAUACAUCUGUUUUUCUCAACUAUUCAUUCAUUUAUUAUUUUUGACCUCAGAUUUGUUUCAUUAUUCAAAGUUUUAGACCUGACGAUUAUAUGUUGCAAAGAUUAAGAUCCCUAUGUUGUUUUGUUGUACAAAGUUAUCAGAACAUUACGCGCUA